CCCUUCAAAUCACACUCUUGCAUCUCGUUGAUAGCGAAAACCCUAGGUAGGAUUCGCGAUUUUCUCAGGUCUGCAGAAAUGGUCGCCGCCGUAGCCGCUGCCCGUCCUUCGGUCACCGUCCAACAUGUCGACGGUGACAUGAGCACCGAUCAGGUCGCCACCAUCCCCUUGCCGGACGUUAUGAAGGCUCCGGUUCGUCCCGACGUCGUCAACUUCGUCCACGCCCAAAUCUCCAAUAACAGCCGUCAACCUUACGCCGUCUCCAAGCGCGCUGGUCACCAGACUUCCGCCGAGUCAUGGGGUACGGGACGUGCCGUGUCGCGUAUCCCUCGUGUUCCCGGUGGUGGUACUCACCGAGCCGGUCAGGGAGCAUUCGGGAAUAUGUGCCGAGGUGGUCGGAUGUUCGCUCCGACGAAAAUUUGGCGCCGAUGGCACCGCCGUGUCAAUGUCAAUAUGAAGAGGUACGCCAUCGUCUCGGCCAUCCCCGCCACAGCGAUCCCAUCGCUGGUGAUGGCUCGUGGUCACCGGAUCGAGAGCGUGCCGGAGAUGCCAUUGGUUGUCAGUGACUCCGUCGAGGCCGUGGAGAAGACCUCUGCCGCAAUCAAGAUGUUGAAGCAGAUCGGUGCUUUCGCCGACGCCGAGAAAGCGAAGGACAGCCUCGGUAUCCGCCCUGGUAAAGGUAAAAUGAGGAACUGCCGUUACAUCUCCCGGAAAGGUCCUCUGAUUGUGUACGGGACAGAGGGCGCGAAGCUCGUGAAGGCAUUCAGGAACAUUCCUGGUGUCGAUGUGUGCAAUGUCGAGAGGCUGAACUUGCUCAAGCUCGCUCCUGGUGGUCACUUGGGCAGGUUCGUGAUCUGGACCAAAUCAGCUUUCGAGAAGCUGGAAUCGAUCUACGGUUCAUUCGACAAGCCAUCUGAGAAGAAGAAGGGGUACGUUCUACCGCGUCCGAAGAUGGCGAAUGCAGAUCUUGCUAGGAUCAUCAACUCGGACGAGGUCCAGAGCGUGGUGAAGCCGAUCAAGAAGGAUGUGAAGAGGGCUGUGCUCAAGAAGAAUCCGCUGAAGAACCUGAACGUGAUGCUGAAACUCAAUCCUUACGCCAAGACCGCGAGGAGAAUGUCUCUGUUGGCGGAAGCUCAGAGGGUUAAGGCGAAGAAGGAGAAGCUCGACAAGAAGAGGAAGCCCAUCUCUAAGGAGGAGGCGGCGGCAAUAAGAGCGGCAGGGAAAGCAUGGUACCAGACAAUGAUAUCGGACAGUGAUUACACCGAGUUUGAUAACUUCUCCAAGUGGCUUGGCGUUAGUCAGUAGGAAGGAUUUUUGUUCUCAGAUGUCUUUCUUUUGAUCUUUCACUCUCCUUUUGGAUAAUCUGAGAGAUUUAUUUAGCUUCUUCAUGUUCCGUGCCAUGUUUUGGGAGCUGUUUCAAAAGGGGAUAUAUGGCUUAUCAAAGUGGAACUAUGAACCAAAAUUGUUUUCACUGUUUUUGUUAGGGUUUUAUUUGAUUC